AUGGAAAUACAGUGGCACUUAAAGGAACUCAAAACAUUUCCACCAAUAAUGUGGAAACAAAACCUACUGCCGCUUAGAAGAAGCUGCCGUUGCCUAAAAAAAAAAAUCUACUGCAGCUUAGAAGAAGCUGCCGUUGCUAAAGAAGAAGCUACUGCCGCUCAGAAGAAGCUGCCGUUGCCUAAAAGAAGAAGCUACUGCCGCUCAGAAGAAGCUGCCGUUGCCUAA